UGCUAACGUCUGUCUGGCUCUGGCAGCGCUUGGCAACUCUGGCAAUGUUUUGACAGUUGGUUAACGCUCUCACGCGCUCUCUCUCUCAGUCAGUGGCUCUCCGCUGCUGAAAAUGUUUCGUGUUGAGUUUGUGUCGCGUUCGCAUUGUUUAUAAAACAAAUUAAUUAUAUUUAUUAUUAGUUUAAGUGGAAAAGUGGUGUGAAUUGUGCAAUGCAGUCGCACUCGCUACGUAAAUGUGUGCGAGCAUAAGAAAUGUUUGCCUCCAAGUCGCUGUCGUGCUCGUUGCUGCCGCUGCCGCUGUUGACGCCGAGAACUCGUCGCACCAGCAAAUGAAAAAUAUACAGCAAGCAAAAUGCACAAAUAUAAUAUAGAAAUGAAAACAAAAUAACCAAAAAAAGUUGCGUCAAACGUUCAAUAUAUAUUUGAGUGUUUAGUACAUGCAAGUGAAAUGUGUAUGGAAAAGUUGCGCGCAAAGACGUCGCAGCCAACAACAACAAAAACAACAACACCAUCAUUACUAGUGAGCGGGAGAGAGCGAGAGAGAGGAACUGCUGCUGCUGCUGCUGCUUCUGCGGCGACAGCAACAAACCCAACAACAAUAACAAAUAAGAAGCAGCACAAAAUGCGCUUAGACUAAAUUAGAAACGAAAACGAAGUAGCAGCACUUACUCCCACUCCUCCUGCACCCCAACCCACCUGCAAAGCAACCAAUUUAGCAACUUCAGCUUCUAGCGGAUAGUUCCGUAGACCCCUGGGCGACCCAGCAACACCCAGCAGUUAACACAGCAUCCAGCCAGUCAGCCAACCAGCUGGACCUCCUCCAUCAGCAUGCAGGCUAAAAAGCGUUAUAUACUGGUCUUUGUCUCGUGUGCAUUUCUGGCCUAUUGCUAUUUUGGCGGCUAUCGGCUGAAAGUGGCGCCACAUCGUCCGCGUCGCGCCCAACAUGAAUCGGCCAAAGAUGGGGGCGUCCAACCGUACGCACAGUUGCCCAGCUUCAUGGGCUACGAGCAGCGUCAGCCGCUGACCAACGAAUCGACGGUCGCUGUGGCGACAGCUGCUGCGCCUGGCAAGCGGAAGCCACCGGUGGCUGCUUGUCGGAUGGAGACAUGCUUCGAUUUCACCAAAUGCUACGAUCAGUUUCUGGUCUAUGUUUACCCGCCGGAGCCGUUGAAUUCACUGGGCGCUGCACCGCCCAGUUCGCCCAAUUAUCAGAAGAUUCUCACUGCCAUACAGGAGUCGCGCUAUCAUACCAGCGAUCCCGCCGCCGCCUGCCUCUUUGUGCUGGGCAUCGAUACGCUGGACCGCGACUCGCUCUCUGAGGAUUAUGUGCGUAAUGUGCCAUCGCGUCUGGCCCGGCUGCCCCAUUGGAAUAAUGGACGCAAUCAUAUCAUAUUCAAUCUCUAUUCGGGCACCUGGCCGGAUUAUGCCGAGCAUUCGCUGGGCUUCGAUGCCGGCGAAGCCAUCCUGGCCAAGGCCAGCAUGAGUGUACUCCAAAUGCGUCACGGUUUCGAUGUCAGCAUACCGCUCUUCCACAAACAGUUCCCGCUGCGCGCCGGCGCCACCGGCUCCGUGCAGUCCAACAAUUUUCCUGCCAACAAAAAGUAUUUGCUGGCCUUCAAAGGCAAACGGUAAGAGAAGCAAGAAAUAAAGUUACUACUAACUGAGCAUGUA